ACCGCCAGACAACGUGACAAAAAUACAGAAGCAGACUUGGUAUGAGCUAACUAAGGUGGUGUCGCAGAUGGUGAGGGACUUGCUGGCCCCCUACAUCAGCUUCUUCGAGGAAUACCCGAUCAGUCUCCUAGAGACCUUCGACACUAUAAAGUCUGCUGUGGCUUCCUCUUCACUCACAGAUAACCCAGCGGUGACUGCAGCUGUAGGCACUGCUGCAGCCGCCCUUCCUAUACUUAUUCACGCUUCGAGGUCGCUGCUAGAGUCAGUAGUCGGUCUGUUGGACAACUGUUUGUUCGUCUUCACUGGUCAAGGGUUGGGCCGCCACGCCCUGGAUACUGAGUCCUACGAUGAUAUUGCAGACAUCCUACUGAAAGUGGUCAGCCUCGUCGCCCGCCACCUAGGCAGGUGAAGAGCCUCGGAGCAGAAAAAUCCCCUUCGCCUGCCACUUCGAAGUAUCUAGACUCAAAGUGGACAACUUCAGGCUGCCACUUAGUGUCAAUCCCUAAAGCUCCUGGCUGUUACACCUCUUAGUCAGCCACUUCGAAGUGCCGAGCCUUUGAGCCAAGGAAGAAAUAACCAGGUGACAAAACAAGACCAGCUGAAGCGAAAUCUAUGCAAGUAGGAAAGUGAAUACAAGGGGGAAAAGGAAUAACUAAAGUGUUAAAAGAUUUUUAAUAAUGCUAAACUUUGUUUUUUGAGGAUGGGGGGAAUUACAUAAGCACCCAAUUGGAAAUUGUACGUGGGUAAAAAAUAGAAAAUUGAUAAUUAAAUGGGGGGGGGG